AUGAAAUAUUUAUUCUUUCUCUUUAUUUUCUUUUCAGUUAAAUUGGAAAAGAGUCCACCAGUCAAGGGAACAUUGUCAGGGAGAGUGACGUUACCGUGCUUUUUCUCAACAAUACCUACAUUACCACCAAGCUACAACAUUACAAAUGAAUUUUUGAGGAUAAAAUGGACCAAAAUUGAGAAAAGCCGAGAUGGAAAAGACCCAAAGGAAACAACAGUUCUAGUUGCCCAAAGUGGUGGUAUCAAAAUUGGCCAAAAUUACAGGGGCAGAGUGUCUGUGCCCAGCCACCCAGAAGACAUUGGUGAUGCAUCAUUAACGAUGGUUAAGCUCCGUGCCAGUGAUGCAGGUGUUUACCGAUGUGAAGUGCUGUUUGGAAUUGAAGAUACUCAAGAUACAAUUUCCCUGGAUGUUUCCGGUGUUGUGUUCCACUAUCGUGCAUCUGUAGACAAGUACAUUUUAGACUAUGAAGGAGCCCAGAAAGCCUGUACAGAAAAUGGUGCCUCUAUUGCAACCCCAGCACAACUGAGAGCUGCCUACGAAGAUGGUUUUGAGCAGUGUGAUGCUGGAUGGCUGUCAGACCAAACUGUUAGAUACCCAAUCCGCAAUCCAAGAGCUGGAUGCUAUGGUGACAAGAAGGGCAAAGAAGGAAUAAGAACUUACGGAAGACGUCCAGAAGAAGAAAAAUAUGAUGUAUACUGUUUUGUGGAUGAACUUCAGGGUGACUUAUUCCAUGUUCCCAAAAGGCUGACAUUUGAGGAAGCUAAAACAGAAUGCGAGAAAAAGAAUGCAGCUAUAGCAACUGUUGGUGACUUGUAUGCUGCUUGGAGGACAGGCUUUGAUCAGUGCGACUAUGGCUGGCUUGCAGAUGGAAGUGUACGUUAUCCUGUGUCAUUUGCAAGACCCCAGUGUGGUGGUGGACUCCUUGGUGUGAGGACUAAAUAUCGCUUCAGCAAUCAGACAUACUUUCCUCAGUCAAAGGAGAAGUAUACAGUCUACUGUGUUCAGAGUAAGUGA